UGAAAUAUUAAUAUCAACGUGUCCGGCUCUAACAAAGCCACCUGCAAAUUCGAAACCCUAGAAAUUUGCAGACCUCAUCUUCUUCUCCCCCAAACUUCCUCCCUCCAUGAAAUGGGACAUGGAAAUCGAGGAAAUCGAGGCCGUGCUGGAGAAGAUUUGGGACCUCCACGAUAAGCUCAGCGACGCCAUCCACUCCAUUUCCCGCGCUCACUUCCUCGACUCCGUCAGGGCGCUGCGCAACUCGUCGGAGAAGAAGAAGAAGAGCGGCCUCCACCACGUCUACGGUGGAAACGACGCCGUGGCCGCGGCGGUGGAGGAGAAAGGGGCCGGGUUCGUGUUCGUGAAGGACUUCCGAGUCGAGCAGGACGAUGAGUUAAGGGAGGCGAAGAGCCUCAAUGCUAUAAGGACCGCGCUCGAGAACCUGGAGGACCAGCUCGAGUUUUUCCAUACUGUGCAGGUUCAGCAGCGGGCUGAGAGAGAUGCUGCAAUUGCACGCUUGGAGCAAAGCCGCAUUGUUCUAGCACUGAGAUUGUCUGAACACCAUGGUAAGAAAUACAAGGUUAUUGAAGAAGCCCUCGCCUUUGUUGGAGAUGUCUGUGAUGCAAAUGGCUUUGUUUCUCCCGAAAAUCUCUAUGAUCCUCCAGUCACUCCUGGUGACAACUUGGCGAACUCUGAAGGGAAGUCUAAUAUUAUAAUGAAAGUUCUUGUUUCAAGUGUAAAUUUUGCCAAGAAGACUCUUAAGUUGGAUAACAUGGGUGGACUACUGGGAAAUGCUGCUUUGGUGGCAGUCAGCAUGAUCGCAUUGGUGCAUAUGCAGCAGGUAGCAGUUACGGAGCAUCCGCAGAUGCUGGAAGAUAAAAUCUACGUGAACAGGAGUGCUAGAAAAACUUCCCGGAUGGAGGGGGCCUCAUCUACUGGUCGUCUCAGCAACUUGGAUGUGCUAUUAGCCAGGGGUUAAGGCAGACAUCCGAAAAAUUUUGUAGCAGGGAGUUGAAUGAUGGGUGGUCUUAUUUCAUGGUUCCAUUGGGUUUGAAGAAUUAGUCGAGAGGUGUGGUAAUGUGUAAUCUAGUAGGCUGUUCUUAUUCAAAUUUUAGUUGACACGAACUGUCUCACAAGAUAUUCGAGGUUGCCCCCCUCUUUUCUGUAGUCAUCUGAAAUCGGUUGUGCAUAUUACAAGUUCUGAUAUUCGCUGUUAAUGUGGACGUGUUUUUGUUUGA